AUGGCGGUGGUUAUCAAAACUGACGAUCAUGCUGAGAGUAAACAGCACCAGACACCACCAGCAACCCCGACUCAAAUCGCAGUCCUAACUCCAGCGCGAAAACUCCACGACGCGUCGUCGUCCCUUGUCGUGCCUGCCAGCCACCAACUCACCAUCCCUAACAAGAGCAGCAUCAACAACAGCAGCAGCAGCAGAAAACGACGACGUCGACGACAUCAACUCCGGCGUUUGAGGAGGAAACAGCAGCUAGCAGUUGAAUCCGCGGAUACAAAGUACCCCUCGCCGCCUUUAUCUCAAGAUACUCCUGCCAGCCCCGAUUCGUCGCCGCCUCGCGAGAUAUCAGAGGAGAAACGAGAAGAAGUAGAGGAAGAGAGACAAGAAGAAGAAGAGGAGGAGGAGGAGGAGGAGGAGGAAGAAGGAGAAGAAUGCUUGAAAGAAGAGGUUAGCAGUGCGCUGGUUGUAAUGCAGGAAGAUUCCGCAUCUCUUCGCACACCAGACGACAACCCCACCACUCACGACCUCGCGACCACCACCGUCGCAGCUCACCAAACCCCACCACCCGCCCUCUUCCCCCGCCUCCCCCUCCACCUCGCCCGCGAAGACGACACCCUCGACAAAGCCUGCGUCGACAACCUCGUCGACCGCAUGCACCACUACAAAGACAAAUGCCUGUCUCUAAUGCAACACCUCGGCACCUACGAACUCGGCGCCUCGAUCCUCGAGCACGAGCGCCAGCGCGCAGUGCAACACCUCGACGCGCUCAAAUCCACGCACGAAGCAGCGCUCGCCUCCCUCCGCGCGUCCAAAGACGCUCAAAUCGCACAACUAGAGCAGACAAACUCCAGGCUAACCGAACACCUCGCCCUCGCCGAACGCGAAGUCACGACAUACAUCCUCGAGCGCGACCGGCUGUACCAGACCGUCAAGCACGUGCGCGAUCUGGGUAAUAAACGCCAGACGCAGAUCGAGAAGGAGAAAGUGCGUGCGCGGGCAGAGCGCACGCUCGAGCUGGUUGAGCGCGAGCGGUGCGCGGACGCGGCGAGCUCGCUUGAUGCUAGGAAACGCAAGCAUAACGCGAUGCUGCUCGCGCUGCAGCCGUCGACGUCAGAUACAGAGGCGGAUAAGAUCAAGGAGCUCAAGGCGAGACUUGCAGAGGCGAAUUUGAAAGCUCAGGAGUUGACGGCCGAGGUUGCUCGGCUUGAGAGCGAGAAGCAGAGCUGUCUCGAGGCGGCGGAUGAUAACCGUGAACUCCUGCAGACCGCGGAGGAGGAGAUUGAGCAGCUUAGAAGGCAGAAUAAGAGGUUGAAAGUCAGGGUUUUGCAGUUUGUGAGAAGCAGCAGCCAGGAUCAACAAGCAGAGUCGGAAUAG